AGAGCAAUCAGCGCAAGCGACGGGAAUAUUCGCAACAAUAGCGCCUCGGAUGCGUCCUUUUGUGUCGGGGAAUUAACACCUUUUCAAAGUGAAAUCUCAGGAUUGUCCGCCUGCUACAGGAGGUGGUAUUAAAAUGCGCCUAUAACAAAUGGCUCAGAGUUUGGAGUCGCUUGUGCCCCGUGGGCGGGGCGAGAUGACACCACAAUUAAAGAUGAACUUUGUGUGAACUAAUUUAUCUGAGGAAGGUAACAGGAGGAGACCUGCGCGCGAUGGAUAUAUAAGGACGCACGGGCGCGCAGUCUCUCAGUUUACGCGUAAAGACGCCUCUCGUCUCCAAAAGGUCUCUUGCUAUAGUUGCGCUUUUAAGCAUGGGGCUGUUUACUCUCAUGGUGACUUUUCUCUGCACCAUCGUGCUGCCGGUUUUACUUUUUCUCGCCGCUGUUAAACUGUGGGAGAUGUUCAUGAUUCGGCGUGUAGAUCCGAACUGCGCUCGUCCGUUGCCACCGGGCACAAUGGGUUUACCCUUCAUUGGAGAAACUCUCCAGCUCAUCCUCCAGAGAAGGAAAUUCCUAAGGAUGAAACGCCAGAAAUACGGAUGCAUCUACAAAACUCACCUCUUCGGCAACCCGACUGUCAGAGUGAUGGGUGCCGAUAACGUGAGACAGAUUUUGCUGGGUGAACACAAACUGGUCUCGGUUCAGUGGCCAGCAUCUGUCAGAACUAUUCUGGGCUCUGAUACACUGUCCAAUGUUCAUGGCACUCAGCACAAAAACAAGAAAAAGGCGAUCAUGAGAGCUUUUUCCAGAGAUGCUCUUCAGCACUACAUUCCCGUGAUCCAGCAGGAGGUGAAGAGCGCUAUUCAAGACUGGUUAGAAAAAGAUGGAUGUGUGCUGGUUUAUCCGGAGAUGAAGCGCCUCAUGUUCCGGAUCGCCAUGAGAAUCCUGCUCGGCUUUGAGCCGGAACAAAUCAAGACGGACGAGGAGGAAUUAGUGGAAGCUUUCGAGGAAAUGAUCAAGAACUUGUUUUCCCUGCCUAUCGAUGUUCCUUUCAGUGGCCUGUACAGGGGUCUGAAAGCGCGCAAUUUCAUUCAUUCCAAAAUCGAGGAGAACAUCAGGAAGAAAAUUCAGGAUGAUGAUAACGAAAAUGAGCAGAAGUACAAAGAUGCUCUUCAGCUGUUAAUUGAGAACAGCAGGAGAAGUGACGAGCCAUUUAGUUUACAGGCAAUGAAAGAGGCAGCAACUGAGCUUCUGUUUGGAGGUCAUGAGACCACGGCCAGUACUGCAACCUCGCUGGUCAUGUUCCUGGGACUGAAUCCAGAUGUGGUGCAGAAGGUCAGAGAGGAGCUUCAGGAGAAGGUCGAAAUGGGACUCUAUUCACCUGGAAAGAGCCUAAGCAUGGAGCUGUUGGAUCAGCUGAAGUACACCGGAUGUGUGAUUAAAGAAACUCUCAGAAUCAAUCCACCGGUACCUGGAGGUUUCAGAGUAGCACUCAAGACCUUUGAACUUAAUGGUUACCAGAUUCCAAAAGGUUGGAAUGUCAUUUACAGCAUCUGCGACACACACGACGUAUCCGAGGUUUUUCCGAACAAAGACGAGUUCCAGCCGGAGAGAUUCAUGAACAAAGGCUUGGAAGACGCUUCCAGGUUUAACUACAUCCCAUUCGGAGGUGGUUCGAGGAUGUGUGUGGGCAAAGAGUUUGCCAAAGUCUUACUCAAGAUCUUUUUAGUCGAGUUAACUCAGCAAUGCAACUGGAUUCUUUCCAACGGACCCCCGACUAUGAAAACCGGCCCGACGGUUUAUCCAGUGGACAAUCUGCCUACUAAAUUCAGUAGUUACGUUAGAAAUUAAUUUAGAAUUUACUAUGAACUUUGUACAUAUAUAAAUAUACAUAAAUAUAUAUAUUUUAGAUGAGCUGUCAUGUAUUUGACAUUUUAUAUUUUGUUUAUAUGAAAGAUGUGUAUAUAGGUUUAUUCAAGAAAACAAAGGCACUAUUUCAUGGAUCACUGUCAAAUUCUAUAACGUUUCUGUGAUGUAUAUUUGUAAUGUCUUAUAACUUUUUCUACUGUAUGCAACUUAUUUAAUUUACUCUAUUGUAUGGGUUUUAUUUAAUAAAGAACGUUCUUUUAAAGUUUACCAAA